CGGCGCUCUUCAGGUUUCGGGGCCACGCGCCCGGCGGCGGCCAGGAUGGAGGAGACUGGAGCAGUGGGGGCCGCGGCCGGGGAGGCAGAACUCAACUUGUCGCGCCUCAGUGUGCCCCCCGAGACUCUGGAGACAGAGUUAGAGGCGCGGGGCGAGGAGCGGCGUGGCGCUCGGGAGGCGUUGCUGCGGCUGCUGCUGCCUUACAACCGUCUGGUAUCGCUGCCCCGGGCGUUGGGCAGCGGUUUUCCGCAUCUCCAGCUGCUGGACGUGAGCGGCAACGCGCUGACCGCGCUCGGACCGGAGCUGCUCGCUCUGCGCGGCCUCCGCACGCUGCUGGCCAAGAACAACCGGCUCGGCGGGCCCGGCGCGCUGCCGAAGGGCCUUGCCCAGUCGCCCCUCUGUCGCAGCCUCCAGGUGCUCAACCUCAGCGGCAACUGCUUCCAAGAGAUGCCCGCCUCGCUGCUGGAGCUGCGUUCACUGCAGACCCUCAGCCUGGGCGGCAACCAGCUGCAAAGCAUCCCCGCCGACAUCGAGAACCUGCGGAGUUUGGAGUGUUUAUAUCUUGGAGGAAAUUUCAUCAAAGAAAUCCCACCAGAAUUAGCCAAUCUGCCUUCUCUCACUUACUUGGUGUUAUGUGACAACAAAAUCCAAAGUGUGCCUCCUCAGCUUUCACAGUUGUAUUCACUUCGUUCCUUAAGUCUUCACAAUAAUUUGCUGACAUACUUGCCUCGAGAGAUCCUCAACCUUAUUCAGUUGGAAGAGUUGAGUUUGCGAGGAAAUCCAUUAGUUGUUCGUUUUGUUAGAGAUUUAACUUAUGACCCUCCAACUCUCCUGGAAUUAGCUGCACGGACUAUUAAAACCCGAAACAUUUCCUACACUCCCUAUGAUCUUCCUGAAAAUCUUCUGAGAUACUUGGCUUUAGCCACCAAUUGUCCAAACCCAAAGUGUGGAGGAGUCUACUUCGACUGCUGUGUCAGACAAAUUAAAUUUGUGGACUUCUGUGGGAAAUACCGUCUCCCACUGAUGCAUUACUUGUGUUCCCCAGAAUGUUCUUCUCCUUGCAGUUCUGCCUCUCACAGCUCCACCUCCCAAAGCGAGUCUGACUCAGAAGAUGAAGCUAGUGUUGCUGCACACAGAAUGCAGAAAGUUCUUCUUGGUUGA